AUGGACUUUGUAUGGGUUGUCGUGCUGGUAUUUGCCCCUAUGUCCAGUGGACAGUCAUGUUUCAGUAUUUGUCCAUCUGGGUAUUAUAAAACUGGUGAUUGUGAGGAUCCGUCAAGAAAUCACAGCUGUAAAGAAUGUGCUAAAGGGACUUUCACAGAUAUAGAAAAUAAAUAUCCAAGAUGUAUGAGGUGUAAAGACUGUAGUAUGCAGGAGGAGAAAGUACAAAACUGUUCCACUACUAGAAACACAGUAUGUGACUGUCCAAAGGGAUACUACUAUCUAGAACAUGUGUGCGUCUCAUGUAGCAUUCGGAUCAAAGAUAAACGUCAUGACGAUUACAAGAAGAAGUGUCUUCUUUGUCAACAUGAGUCGUGUAUGAACGAUCCAGAAUGCAAGAGGAAAUGCACUAGUACCACACCCUCACCCUCGACAAAACCAUCUACAGUUACAGCUAAAACUACAGCAACUACAGAAACUUCAGCUUCAGCUUCAAAGUCAACACCCGAGGCUUCAAACAAAACACAAAAUCCUGUUGCAAUUCUGCUGCAAUCCAACAAAAAUAACCCAAUGGUUUGGAUUUAUGUUGUGUUUGUUGUGCUUUCUCUGGUGGUCCUUUUGCUCCUGCUGCACUUCAGCAAGAACCUGCUCAGACAAAUCUUUGCCUGCUGGAGCUCAGACGAAGACGUGGAAAUGCUUGCGGAGAACAAAAACUUCAACGAAAAGAACCUGUACAUGAAUACAUUAACCAUUUCUGAGGAAAGUCCCAUGAUGUCUCUCUGUCAGGAACCACCAACUCACAUCAGUCCCUGCCUGCCAGACAGUGAACAUAUAGCCUCUCAACAAGAUAAAGAAUCAGAUCGCUGGCCAGCAAUUGUGCUCUAUGCCAUUAUCAAGGAGGUGCCCCUGCGUAGGUGGAAGGAGUUCUUGCGUCUUCUCUCUGUGUCUGACCAGGAGAUGGAGCGAGUAGAGCUGGAGGCCUGUUUGGGUUCCAAAGAGAAACAGUACCAGAUGCUGAGAUUGUGGAGCCAGCACUCCUCUGCAAGUUUGAACGAUGUUUACUCGUCCUUGCACUACAUGGAUUUGUCGGGCUGUGCCCAGCAGCUGCAGGAAAGUCUUGAGAAUCUGGAGUGGAGGCCUGGGGGAAACCAAGUAGUCGGACCCUGAGGAGUACACUCUAAAUGAGCCUGGGCAGGAUUUUGAGGCUGCAAGUGGAGAUGUAAAUAAAGUUGCAUCCAUGUAAAGCCGGGCAUACACUGUGCGAUUGUCGGCUAUUUUUGAACCGAUUUUCCACUCGUGCGACUAUUUUUUGCAUCGGGCCAGAUUUCGACCCAAUCGUUGCUCGUGCCUCGUGCAGUAUACGUGGGGUAACGACGAGAGAGUAACACCUCACAACGAGCUCCCCAUCACAAAUCGUGUGCUUGCAAGAAAAUCAAACGUGUUUGAAAUCCUGGUCGCUCCUCCUGAAGGAAUCACACAGUUGAAGCAGCUACGACCCAAUUUGCCUCAUCCUUUCGCAGAGAGCAUGCGCAAUCUCUGAUGUCACGUCAAAAACUAUUAUUUGUAGUAUAAGUGUUGCAAAUUCACAUUACAAAUCAUGUUUUAAUAGCAGAAAAAAAAGACCCAUUUCCCACAUCUGCCCAGCCAAUUCCUUGUCCAAUCACGACAUUGUUUAAUCUUUUUUCAUUUAUCGCCACACAGAAUGGCACAAAUUGAAGGCAGCGCGUUUGUUUUUGCUGAGCAUCUUCGGUGUCUCUCACUUCGGGGUUCCUCCUCUUCCACUUCUUUUUGACGUUGCAGUUCCAGUACACAGAAGUCCGACGUGAGUAUAAUGAACGUAUAGUGUGAGCAGACGGGUCGCAUCAGAGCAUCAGGACGUACAGUGUGAGUCCAUUACUCGUGGGCUGUGAACUUUUGAACUCAGCAAUCUAGUCGUGCAGUUUGAGAUGGGGCUGAAUCAAACGAUUAAAAAUAUCGCACAGUGUAUGCCCAGCUUAAGGCAGUUGGGAACAUCAAUUCUUCAAGUUUGUAUGCCAGUGCACAAGAAAGUUGGCAUUACUUAGCAUAUUUUCUACAUGACUUACCCACAUAAAAAGGCAUUUAUGUCAUAAAUUACCCUUAUCUAACUUGGCCAGUUAUUUGGUAUAGCAGAGUGCAGCAGAGGUUAUAUGAAGUUCUUCUGCAAUUGUACCAUUUGUUUAACAUUUUCAACAUAAUCCAUUUUAUUACAGAAAAAAAAUCAUAAACAGUUUUAGAUAUAUAUUAAAUAAUUAAAUAAAUUAAAUUUAAACUCAUAAAGGAGUUAAGCCAGGUUGAUACUUAGAAUGCUUUCUGUACAUAUGGAAAAUAAGUUUGGUGCAGUCUAGAGGCAGAUGCACAGCCAGGGCCUGGAUCACAGUGUUCUUCAGAGGCCGUUUAAUGUAAAUGUUAUUCUCUAAUAAAUACAUUCACUGGCCACUAUAGGCACACCUGGUAUACCUAGUAAAAUAACCAGUGGGUGUAGUUAAUACAUGAUAAUAAAUAAUUGUUAAUAGUUAAUAGACUCUUUACUUUUGACUGUGACCUUCUGUCAAGAAAUCCUCCAGCUUCUUGUGUUGCACCUCUGAAGUUCCUGAGUCAAAGAGGUGUUCUAUUUACAGCAGAAUGGUGACAAUAUGAAAGAGCUGUGGGAGUUUGAAGUCUAAGCAAGGAAGUCACACUUCCUUUAUUAUUUUACCUAUAGCCAUUUGUGCUUAGCUUAUACAGUAUAUUUAAAAUAUAUUUAUAUUUAAAAUAUAUUUUCAAGUAAAAGCAAAGACGUCUUCAGUUUAAAAAUUUGAACUGUGAGAGCAUUUUGAGUACAUCUGUGAUGUCUGAUCUUUCUAUCACGUUUAACAUUUCUCACAUCUCAUUUGCCACGAUGGUCUGGUAGCACACUUUCACAAAAGGAGAAAAUUGAAAUCCCCAAAGGACGUCAGAUUUUCAGUUUCCUUCAACAUGGUGUCAAAGUGUAUUGGACUGGGUUUUUCCUUUUGUGGUGUUCAGGUAUCUCACUUUGAGAGUUUUUAUGUGUCAUUUCAGUUAACUGACAGGAAAAGACUUGGAGUUUCCAAAUGUAAGAGUUUACUAAUGAAUGUUACGAGACAAGUGUGUAUAUAUUUUUUUCUAUUUAAGAAUGCUUCUGUACUUUGUUAGUGAAAUUGUUAGAUUUAGAACUUAGAUCUUCACUGAUAUGGUUUACUGUAUACAUGUAUGAUGAAGUGUUACUGUUAGAAGUUGUAAUAUUAUGACACAAUUUGUCAUGAAUAAAACUG